AAAAUGUUACCCUAAAAAUAACAACCAAACAGAAUCUACAAAAGUUGCCUGCAUUUUCAUUUCCCCCAUUUCAACCCUCUCCAAAUCCAAUCAAAAUCAAACAUUUCAUCUCCGAUCAACCACCACCAUGCUCCGUCAAGCAGCUAACCGUCUCCUCACCAGAUCCACCACCACUUACACCGGCGCGGCAGCCACCACAACCAUCCGCCGUCCAUACUCCACCGAGGUCUCCGCCAAUGCUUCCGCCAGCGAUAACGAUUUCGUUGAAGCAUGGAAAAAAGUAGCCCCAAAUAUGGAUCCACCAAAAACUCCGAUCCAGUUUAUGGAACCACGGCCACCUACUCCUUCUUCUUUGCCCUCUAAACUUACUGUCAAUUUCGUCCUUCCUUACUCCUCUGAACUUUCCAAACAAGAGGUUGAUAUGGUGAUAGUUCCAGCAACAACCGGGCAGAUGGGUAUUCUACCAGGACACGUUCCCACAAUUGCAGAGCUCAAACCAGGCCUCCUCACAGUCCACGAAGGUAAUGAUGUGAAGAAAUACUUCAUCAGCAGUGGCUUUGCAUUUGUGCACUCGAACUCUUAUGCAGAUAUUUUGGCUGUUGAGGCUGUUCCAAUUGACCGAAUUGAUCCAGCUCAAGUACAAAAGGGUUUGAGUGAGUUCACACAGAAGCUGAGCUCUGCAUCAACAGAUCUGGACAAAGCUGAAGCCCAGAUUGGAGUUGAUGUUCAUAGUGCUCUCAACUCUGCUCUUACAGGUUAGAGUAUGGGCGAGUGCUUUUGUGAUCCUAAAUCUCAACUCAAAAUAAGAGUUUUCUCAGUGGGGAAAACUUUGGUAGAAUGUUUGCAUUUUUGUACCGUCCUUGCAAAAUUUGAGAUAUAAUAUAUAUUUCACAUUUGAUAUCAAAUUUGGUCCCUGAAACUUAAAGAUUCAAGAAAUGAAAUUCACUUGGUUGUU